GCCGCGGCGGCGGCGGAGUAGCUAGCAGCCGCAGAGAGCGCGGGCCUGCGCCGCAGCCCUGGUGGCGGCUCCCGCGCCCCCUCCUCAGCCCACUGGCGCGCGCACGCCGGGGCCCUUCGGGGCUGGCUGCUGAGCGAGUAGGCAGUGGGACCUGCGCCGUGACCCGGAGCAGUCCCCCACCCCAGCCUAGGCGCACACGGAAGUGGUGUGCCACUGUUGCUUCCUGUCUUGAAAACCCGAUGGUAACAUGGAGUUUUAAACAGCUGCCAUGUUGAAGUGACCGGGUUUCAGGGGCAGGAAACUACCUCCUCCCAGCUCUAAACGGACUUUGGAAAGUAGAGAAGAAAAUCCAGUCUGCUUUUUGGAGGACUUUGGACAGCCGAAUAAAUGCAGUAUCUAAAUAUAAAAGAGGACUGCAAUGCCAUGGCUUUCUGUGCUAAAAUGAGGAGCUCCAAGAAGACGGAGGUGAAUCUGGAGGCCCCUGAGCCAGGAGUGGAAGUGCUCUUCUAUCUUUCUGAUAGGGAGCCCCUCCGGCUGGGCAGUGGAGAGUACACCGCGGAGGAGAUCUGCAUCAGGGCGGCGCAGGAAUGCUGUAUCUCUCCCCUGUGUCACAACCUCUUUGCCCUGUAUGACGAGAACAGCAAGCUCUGGUAUGCCCCGAAUCGCGCCAUCACUGUUGACGACAAGACAUCCCUCCGGCUCCACUACCGGAUGAGGUUCUAUUUCACCAACUGGCAUGGGACCAAUGAUAAUGAGCAGUCUGUAUGGCGACAUUCUCCAAAGAAGCAGAAAAAUGGCUAUGAGAAAAAAAAAGUCCCAGAUGCAACCCCUCUCCUUGAUGCCAGUUCUUUGGAAUAUCUGUUUGCUCAGGGACAGUAUGAUUUGGUCAAAUGUCUGGCUCCCAUUCGAGACCCCAAGACCGAGCAAGAUGGGCACGAUAUUGAGAAUGAGUGUCUGGGAAUGGCUGUCCUGGCUAUCUCCCACUACGCCAUGAUGAAGAAGAUGCAGUUGCCAGAGCUGCCCAAGGACAUCAGCUACAAGCGAUAUAUUCCAGAAACAUUGAAUAAGUCCAUCAGACAGAGGAACCUUCUCACCAGGAUGCGGAUAAAUAAUGUUUUCAAGGAUUUCCUGAAGGAAUUUAACAACAAGACUAUUUGUGACAGCAGUGUAUCUACUCAUGACCUAAAGGUGAAGUACCUGGCCACCUUGGAAACACUGACAAAACAUUAUGGCGCAGAAAUAUUUGAGACUUCCAUGUUACUGAUUUCAUCAGAAAAUGAGAUGAAUUGGUUUCAUCCGAACGACAGUGGAAACGUUCUCUACUAUGAAGUGAUGGUAACUGGAAAUCUUGGAAUCCAGUGGAGACAGAAACCAAAUGUUGUUCCUGUUGAAAAGGAAAAAAACAAACUGAAACGGAAAAAACUGGAAAAUAAACACAAGAAGGAUGAGGAGAAAAAUAAAAUCCGGGAGGAGUGGAACAAUUUUUCUUACUUCCCUGAAAUCACUCACAUUGUAAUAAAGGAGUCUGUGGUCAGCAUCAAUAAGCAGGACAACAAAAAAAUGGAACUGAAGCUCUCGUCCCAUGAAGAGGCCUUGUCCUUUGUGUCCCUGAUAGAUGGCUACUUCCGGCUCACAGCAGAUGCCCAUCAUUACCUCUGCACCGAUGUGGCUCCCCCAUUGAUCGUCCACAACAUACAGAAUGGUUGUCACGGUCCAAUCUGCACGGAAUAUGCCAUCAAUAAGUUGCGGCAAGAAGGAAGCGAGGAGGGGAUGUAUGUGCUGAGGUGGAGCUGUACCGACUUUGACAAUAUCCUCAUGACGGUCACCUGCUUUGAGAAAUCUGAGGUGCUGGGCGGCCAGAAGCAGUUCAAGAACUUUCAGAUCGAAGUGCAGAAGGGCCGCUAUAGCCUGCACGGCUCAGACCGCAGCUUCCCCAGCCUGGGGGACCUGAUGAGCCACCUCAAGAAGCAGAUCCUGCGCACGGACAACAUCAGCUUCGUGCUGAAGCGCUGCUGCCAGCCCAAGCCCCGAGAGAUCUCCAAUCUGCUGGUGGCUACGAAGAAAGCCCAGGAGUGGCAGCCUGUCUACCCCAUGAGCCAGCUGAGUUUUGACCGGAUCCUCAAGAAAGAUAUCGUGCAAGGUGAGCAUCUUGGGAGAGGCACACGGACACACAUCUACUCCGGCACCCUGGUGGAUUACAAAGAUGACGAAGGAACUUCCGAAGAGAAGAGAAUAAAAGUGAUCCUCAAAGUCUUAGACCCCAGCCACAGGGACAUUUCUCUGGCCUUCUUUGAAGCAGCCAGCAUGAUGAGGCAGGUCUCCCACAAACACAUCGUGUACCUCUAUGGUGUCUGUGUCCGAGAUGUGGAGAAUAUCAUGGUGGAGGAGUUUGUGGAAGGGGGACCCCUCGAUCUCUUCAUGCACCGGAAAAGCGAUGUCCUCACCACACCAUGGAAGUUCAAAGUUGCCAAACAGCUAGCCAGCGCCCUGAGUUACUUGGAGGAUAAAGACCUGGUCCACGGAAAUGUGUGCACGAAAAACCUUCUCCUGGCCCGUGAGGGCAUUGACAGCGAGUGUGGCCCGUUCAUCAAGCUCAGUGACCCUGGCAUCCCCAUCACCGUGCUGUCCAGGCAAGAGUGCAUAGAACGAAUCCCGUGGAUUGCUCCCGAGUGUGUUGAAGACUCCAAGAACCUGAGUGUGGCUGCUGACAAAUGGAGCUUUGGAACCACACUCUGGGAAAUCUGCUACAAUGGCGAGAUCCCUCUGAAAGAUAAGACCCUGAUUGAGAAAGAGAGAUUCUACGAAAGCCGGUGCCGGCCAGUGACGCCAUCUUGUAAGGAGCUGGCUGACCUCAUGACACGCUGCAUGAACUAUGACCCCAACCAGAGACCCUUCUUCCGAGCCAUCAUGAGAGACAUCAACAAACUAGAAGAGCAGAAUCCAGACAUUGUUUCUGAAAGAAAGCCGGCAACCGAAGUAGAUCCCACACAUUUUGAAAAGCGGUUCUUGAAGAGGAUCCGUGACUUGGGAGAGGGCCACUUUGGGAAGGUUGAGCUCUGCAGGUAUGACCCUGAGGGGGACAAUACUGGGGAGCAAGUGGCGGUGAAGUCCCUGAAGCCCGAGAGUGGAGGCAACCACAUAGCUGAUCUGAAGAAGGAAAUUGAAAUCCUAAGGAACCUCUAUCACGAGAACAUUGUGAAAUACAAAGGCAUCUGUACGGAAGACGGAGGAAAUGGUAUUAAGCUCAUCAUGGAAUUUCUGCCUUCAGGAAGCCUUAAGGAAUAUCUUCCAAAGAAUAAGAACAAAAUUAACCUCAAACAGCAAUUAAAAUACGCCGUUCAGAUUUGUAAGGGGAUGGACUAUUUGGGUUCUCGGCAGUAUGUUCACCGGGACUUGGCAGCAAGAAACGUCCUCGUCGAGAGUGAGCACCAAGUGAAAAUUGGAGACUUUGGUUUGACCAAAGCAAUCGAAACUGACAAAGAGUACUACACCGUCAAGGAUGAUCGGGACAGCCCUGUGUUUUGGUAUGCUCCCGAAUGUUUAAUUCAGUGUAAAUUUUACAUCGCCUCUGAUGUCUGGUCGUUUGGAGUGACUCUGCAUGAGUUGCUUACUUACUGCGACUCAGAUUACAGCCCCAUGGCGUUGUUCCUGAAAAUGAUAGGCCCAACUCAUGGCCAGAUGACAGUCACAAGACUUGUGAAUACAUUAAAAGAAGGAAAACGUUUGCCUUGUCCACUUCACUGUCCAGAUGAGGUUUAUCAACUUAUGAGAAAAUGCUGGGAGUUCCAACCAUCCAAUCGGACAACUUUUCAGAACCUUAUCGAAGGAUUUGAAGCACUUUUAAAAUAAGAAGCAUGAGUAACAUUUAAACUCCUGUGUAUCAAGUCCUCCUUCCCCAACCAGUACCCAAGCCAUUUAAAAUUUUU